UUGCGGAGGCCUUGGAGCAAGUCAUACCGAUUGUUGGACAAGGAGCUCGGAGAGCGAUGAAGGUGUUUCUCACCUUAGUGUGCCUGGUUGCGGGCUGCUACGGCACAGGACUGCCUUAUGAAUUCCCUUCAUCAAAGCCUGAACCUGCACAGUCACACGAUGCUCCGUCCACCGAGCCGCCGAAGGUCUACGCGCCCCCCUCCCAGCCCGCAGAAGUGCAUGAGCCUCACUCGCCUGAGCGCCCAGAAGUGCUCGUCAGCGAAGCCGUGUUGAGCUUUCACAAGCCACCAAACACGACGCCUUCAGAGGCCAUCCCCCCAGGGAUUUUCGAGAGCGAUCCGCAGUACCCGAACCCGCCGAAGCAACAGCAACCGCCGCAGCAGCCAGCGGGCGCACCUGCAUUCCAGCCAAUUAUUGAGCAAACGCUACCCAAUAUCCCUGUGGUGACAUACGCACCUGCACCCACCGAAGAGACCUACGAGCCGCCCAUCGCCCCUGAAGAGGCUCACGUGAGUCCCUCCGCUCCUGAGGAGACCCACAUGGGUCCCUCCGCCGCAGAGGAGGCCCACGCGGGUCCCUCCGCCGCUGAAGAGGCAUACAUGGAUCCCGUCGCCGCUGAGGAACCCUACGCGGGUCCCUCCGCCGCUGAAGAGCCAUACGCGGAGCCCUCCGCCGCUGAAGAGGCCUACAUGGAUCCCGUCGCCGCUGAGGAACCCUACGCGGGUCCCUCCGCCGCUGAGGAGCCAUACGCGGAGCCCUCCGCCGCUGAAGAGGCCUACAUGAAUCCCGUCGCCGCUGAGGAACCCUACGCGGGUCCCUCCGCCCCUGAGGAGGCCUACGCGGGUCCCUCCGCCGCUGAAGAGCCAUACGCGGGUCCCUCCGCCCCUGAGGAGACCAAAGCCGAUCCCUCCGCCCCUGAGGAAGCCUACGUGGAUCCCUCCGUCGCUGAGGAGCCCUUUGCGGUUCCCAUCGCCGCUGAGGAGCCCUAUGCGGGUCCCUCUGCCCCUGAGCAAGCCCACGCGGGUCCCUCCGCCCCUGAGGAGGCCUACGUGUCAUCAGACGUCCCCAGACACAGCUACAGGGCGCCAGCUGGCUACUAGAGAGAAGACUGUGCACUGUCACGUCAGGGUCAUAGUCACCACAUAAUGCUUUCAUUGGAAGGUUUGUCUCCCAGGUGUGUGGCCAUCUGGUGAUAGGCCUUGGAAGUAGAACAUAACAUUGGUUGUAAAGAUAUUGUGUUUUCUAUUUUGAAAACAUUUUGCUAUUGUUACCCAUAUAGUUUUUUACCCACACAGUAUAUUCAUUUGUGCUUGUUAUAUAGAGAAUUAACGACUAUAUUUAUGCGCGUGAAGCAGUCUUGUUUUGUCCCUCUUGUAUCCAUCGGCGUAUACAUAAGUCACGCAUAAUUAACGAUUAGAUUUGUGUUGGCCUGUAGCAUAAAUCUUUUGGCGUACAAUACCAGAGAAUGUGUUUGCAAGAUGGUAGCCAAUAUUUGGUAUCAUCUUAUGUAGAAAACAUCCGGACAGAAAAGCUUGUUUUCCGUCCAAUGUGCGCGUGCUCGGGAAAAUUUAUGUUCUUACGAUCUACGUAGUGUAAUAUUCUUAACGACAUGCCAUGUUUCGCGAACAAUAUGUAUUACACAAAUGCCUUCGUCUGCUUGGACCUAAAGAAGAAGUUGGAGUUUUGGUGACACCUUCAAAAAUUCUGUAGCUGAUUGACCAGUUUGUUUUGUUUGUUUUCUCUCUUAGAUGCACUUAAGAGACAUCAGACUUUCCAGACCUACUCAACUUCCAGCUGGCUUUUUAGCAAUAUUUUCUGACGCGAUGCUGAAGACUCAUAAAACGUGAUGCUUUCAAACCUGAUGAAAGGAAUGAUGAAAAGAGCCGUGCAGCCAUUCCGUCAUUUGGCAGCAUGCUUGCAGCAACUGACACGUCAUUCUAGCUCUGUCCCAAUGCAGACCAUUCUAUAAGCCCUUUGUGGGCCGCUAGCACCGCAGGCAGGAGGGGGGGG